GAAUCGUCUGCAGAUUCCUUUAAAUACAAGCAAACCCAUUUUUCUAUUCACUGUAAUAUCUUUCUCUCUUACUGAGCCAAGCCACAAAAAAGAAAAAAAGGAACCCUCCUAAUCCCUCGCGAUCCUGAGAAAAACCAAGUACGAAUUAGCAGAGAAAAAGAAAGAUGUCGCAAGCUCUGUCAAACUUGAGCUUAGUCCUUCCUUUGUCAUCUGGAAAAACCAGUAAUGGAGCUAAUAAGUCUCUCUAUUCUUGGUAUCCAUCGAAUACUUUCAAACCAGCUGUUUAUGGAGAGGGUAGAUACCGCAAGAACAGAGUCAUAGCCAUGGCAGGGGAAAACAGAGACAACCUUGAUCACUUGCAGAGAAUCAGCAGCCAGCAACCCAAUCAUCAACCUCAACCCAAGAAAAGGGUAGCUCCGACAGCCCCAGUAGGGUUGUGGGACAGGUUUCCAACGGCAAGGACGGUUCAGCAGAUGAUGGAGACAAUGGAGAGGAUGAUGGAGGAUCCAUUUGCGUACUCCAGUGGGUGGCCGUCGCCAUCGACGAGCGAGACCGGUGGGUACAGCAGGGGAAGAACGCCAUGGGAGAUCAAAGAAGGUGAAGCAGAGUUCAAGAUGAGGUUCGAUAUGCCAGGGAUGACCAAAGAAGAUGUCAAGGUAUGGGUGGAGGAGAAAAUGCUGGUUGUGAAGGCUGAGAAAGUGCCCAGGAAGAAAAGCGAGAAUGGAAAGGGUCCAAAUGGAGAAGAGGAGGAAUGGUCUGCUAAGAGCUAUGGCAGAUAUAGCAGUAGAAUUGCCUUGCCGGAGAAUAUCCAGUUUGAGAAGAUCAAGGCUGAGGUCAAAGAUGGGGUUUUGUAUAUUACCAUUCCUAAGGCUGCUAAUACUUCAAAAAUUUUGGACAUCAAUGUUCAAUGACAAUUUUGUAUAUUGCCAGUUUUCAAUUUUGUUUCAGAGGGUUGUAAAAGACAUUUUAGAAAAUUCUGCUUCUAAAAUGUUUGAUUUACGUUUGGAAGUGCUGGAACCAAAAAUGGCUUUCAGAUUGACUGUUUUUUAACCAUGGGCCAUAUGACAGAAACAGAGAAUUCAGCUCCUUUACAGUCUCUUUUUACUGGAGCUUUCUUCGCC